UACGGUUCCUUCCUUCCUCUCUCUCUCUCUCUGCGCUUUAUUCUGUUCAAGUCCGCUGCUUUUUACUUUGCCGUUUCACUGAGAACGAGGCCUCACAUUCUCUUUCUCAAUCCUAGAAGAAGAAGAAGACGAAGCAGGACCAAGUAGAAAGCUUUAAACCACACACGCACUCUCUCUCUCUCUCUCCAAAUCACUUUUGGUUUUUCUCUCUCCAAAAUCUUCCUCAUUGUCUCUGCCUGCUUCAAGAAACUGUUGUCUCUUCAAACACUUUCUCUUCCUCUGCUUAGAUCUUUUCUUUUGUCUUCUCGUGGGAGAAAGAGUGUCUCUCAAAUUAAACCCAUUUUCUUAAUUACUGUCUCUUAGACGACUCUUUGUCUUUUUUUUGCUCAUUAGCUUCUGUCUGAUCCAAAGGAGGAGGAAUCAAAAACCCAAUUUUCUAGUCAAUUUCGAAACUUUCAUGUUCUUAAAACAGUGAUUCAACUAAAAGCCCCAAACUUGUCCAACAUUUUCAAUGGAGUGAGUCUUUAUUCCAAGGAACAGAUCAAGAACAAAUAAGAAGCAGCAAUGAGAGAAGACAAAUCCAAGAAAAGCAAGUUGUCAUGGUCAAAGAAGAUGGUGAGGAAAUGGUUCAACAUCAAAAGCAAAACAGAAGAGUUUCAAGCUGAUGUUUCUCUUCCUCAAGUUGUAGAAGUUGAGCACAGAAGUAGCAUCUCAGAGAAGGAGCCUUGCACAAUCAAGAAGAGUAAAACUGAGAAACUCAACAAGAACUGGGAGCACCAAGCUAGACAAAGGAGAAUGAACUAUGAGAAUCCAAGAAUCAUUGAUGUCCAGAACUACAGUAUCUUUGUAGCAACAUGGAACGUUGCUGGACGCUCUCCUCCUGAAGAUCUAAACCUUGACGAGUGGCUUCAUUCCUCAGCUCCUGCAGAUAUAUACGUACUUGGAUUCCAAGAGAUUGUUCCUCUCAAUGCUGGUAAUGUUCUUGGAGCUGAAGACAACGGUCCUGCCAAAAAAUGGCAUUCUCUCAUCAGGAAAACACUCAACAACCUCCCCGGGACAAGCGGCCUCUGUCACACGCCAUCUCCUAUCCCUGUCCCCAUUGCAGAGAUUGAUGCUGAUUUUUCUGGAUCUUCUAGACAAAAGAACGCAACCUUCUUCAACAGACGGUCUUUCCAGACCCCUAGCAUAUGGAGAAAUGAUGAGAAUGACCCUUCAGUCACACAGUCACGGCUGCUUGACCGUCGUUUAAGCGUCUGUGAUCGUGUGUUCUUCAGUCAUAGACCAAGUGACUUUGAUCCUAGCUUCAGGUGCAGUCAAAGGCCUAGUGAUUACUCAAGAAGGCCUAGUGAUUACUCUAGACCAAGUGAUUAUUACUCUAGGCCGAGUGAUUAUUACUCUAGAGCAAGUGACUACUCUAGGCAGAGUGAUGUCUCUCGGUGUGGUUACUCAGAUGAUGAUAAUGGACCAGGGGAUUCACCAAGCACAGGCUUGUACUCACCGGGGUCAAAUGCUGGUAUGGCAUCAAACGAGAAUGGGUCUAGAAUGUGGAACUCUUCUCAGUAUUGUUUGGUGGCUAGCAAACAAAUGGUUGGUAUCUUUUUAACAGUUUGGGUGAAAAGUGAGUUAAGAGAACAUGUCAAGAACAUGAAAGUAUCUUGUGUUGGCAGAGGAUUAAUGGGUUAUCUCGGAAACAAGGGAUCAAUCUCUAUCAGCAUGUUACUUCACCAAACAAGCUUUUGCUUUGUCUGCACUCACUUGACAUCAGGACAAAAAGAAGGAGAUGAGCUGAGGAGAAACUCUGAUGUCAUGGAGAUACUCAAGAAAACAAGGUUUCCUCGUGUCCAGAGUUCUGCAGGAGAGAAGUCCCCAGAGAAUAUACUUCAGCAUGAUCGAGUAAUAUGGCUUGGGGAUUUGAAUUACCGGAUAGCACUCUCUUACCGAUCUGCGAAAGCACUUGUGGAGAUGCAAAACUGGAGAGCAUUACUAGAGAACGACCAGUUAAGGAUAGAGCAGAAACGAGGCCAUGUGUUUAAAGGAUGGGAUGAAGGGAAGAUUUACUUCCCACCAACUUACAAGUACUCAACUAACUCAGAUAGAUAUGCAGGAGAUGACUUGCAUUCCAAGGAGAAACGUCGCACUCCUGCUUGGUGUGACAGAAUACUAUGGUAUGGAGAAGGACUGCAUCAGCUAUGUUAUGUAAGAGGGGAGUCAAGAUUCUCAGAUCAUAGACCAGUUUAUGGCAUAUUCAGCGCAGAGGUUGAGUCAAAUCACAAGAGAUUGAAACGAGCCACGAGUUACUCUACUUCAAGGGUCCAAGCUGAAGAACUCUUACCUUACCCUAGAGGAUACACCGAGCUAACUUUUUUCUAAAAGAAACAAAAGCCUUGAAGAGUGAUGGAGACAUUACAUUGCUUCUUUUAACACAAAAGGAAACAGGACAACAGGUGCAGAAAAGGGUUGUAAUUUUGUCUUGGUUAACUGAAAGCCGGUUGUUUCUUUUCAUGGAUCUUCUAAUUUUGGAAGAGUUAACUAAUCUGAAGAUAAUUUUAUUUUGAUAAAUUAUAAAACGUGUGUUUUGUGAAGGAUUAUGAGAUUGCAGAUGGAAGUGUUUUUAGAAUCCAUCUUUACUUUUUGACUUUAAGGGCAUGUUCAAAGGGGGAACACUU